CCAUCAACAACGGCGCCUUCCUCAUCCUCCACCAGCAAACCCCUGAAACCCUCCGUCUCCCCUCUAUCUGCCCACAUUUCAAAUCGAGCUGAAAACUGAACGUUCGUCAUGGCCGGUCUGAGCAAUGCGACGAGGUCCGAGAUUGUGUUCUUCGACCUCGAGACCACUGACCGAAGCCAGGGGCGCAUCAUCCUCGAGUUUGGGGCCAUCCUGGUGUGCCCCCGGAAGCUGGAGGAGCUCAAGAGCUACUCCACCUUGGUCCGACCCUCUGACAUCUCCAUCAUCUCCUCCCUGCCCAUGCAGCACAAAGGCAUCACUCCCGACGCCGUGUCAAAGGCACCAACGUUCAGCGAAAUCGCUGAUCAAGUCUACGACAUCCUCCAUGGAAGGAUAUGGGUAGGCCACAAUAUAUUGAAGUUCGAUACUGCUCGAAUAAGGGACGCGUUUGCGGAGAUCGGGAAGCCGGCACCAAAGCCCAAAUGGAUCAUCGAUUCCCUUAUAUUGUUGACUGAGAAGUUUGGAAGGAGAGCUGGUGAUAUGAAGUUGGCCACGCUUGCAAAAUAUGUUGGUCUUCCGCCACAAACGCAUCGGAGCUUAGAUGAUGUGCGGAUGAAUCUCGAGGUUUUCAAACGUUGUGCAACGAUUCUGCUCUUGGAGUCGGAAGAUGAAUCUAAUCAGCAAGACACCGCAAUGGAAGAAGAAGAAGAAGAAGGUGCAGUUCAGCUCUGCUGCAGUGCAUUGAGGGUUCGAUUUGGGGUUAUGGACUCGAAGUAUAAUGCUUAUCCUUGGAGACCGAAGUUGAGCUUCGUGGUGGAUACAUCUCCGAGCCUAUGUCAGAUUCUUGAUGCUUGUGAUGAAAAGGCUCAGCAAUUGUCCGUGGAAUCUGGUAGCAACUCUGAGUGGAAUCCGGUCGUGUUCAGAAAGGAUGGCUGCUUUCCGACUGUGAGACUGCACAUACCGUUCGUAGAUGUGGAUGGUCCGGAUGGUCCAAGGUUUGAGACCGAGAUAUACAGGAAAAAAUCUUAUGGGGCAGUGGAGGAACUCAAGUUUAGUAAGGUGGACGAGCUCAUUGCAUUAAUAAAUGAAGGGACCUUCGUGGAUGCGUACUUCUCAUUGAAUCACUACGACUAUCUGCAGAAAGCUGCAGGGAUUCGUCUAGUCGCAAAGAAACUAUUUAUUCACCCCAACUGAUCGGAUUACGGACGGAAAGGUGGCUUUGUCAUUUAUUUAUCAGUGCAGUCCUUGUUGAAGCUUUUAUUUAGCUAGAACUAUCAUCACUUUCCGGUAACAGCUAUGAGUUUUGUUGAUUUGAUUCGAGGACCGAAGUAUAUGAUUAAGAAUAUCUAAGGCUUUGCUUUCACA